AUGAGUUCAACACGUGCACGUAAUUUAUUUAUAUCGAAAAUUAUACAUAAAGCUGUUAUUGAUGUUGAUGAAGGUGGAACUGAAGCAGCUGCUGCUACUGUUAUUCAACUGACUCGGUUUUCAGGCGUGUUUCUACAUGAAGAACCAAUUCAACUGACAUUUUCACGACCUUUUCUAUUUUAUUUACGCGAUAUUAAUAUCAAAGUACCUUUAUUUGUAGGUAGAUUCAGUGGACUACCUAUGCCAUGA